AUGAAAAGCCCGCUGCUCUUACUCGCUGUGUCCUUACUCGCACUUCUUGGACUCACGAUAUCCUAUCCAUCAUACCACACUCCGUAUGGCUCGAACACCCUUGGAAUUGCCUCACGCAUCUACGUCUUGUCUCUACCUCGUCGGGAAGACCGUCGAGCGUCCAUGGAAUAUCUUCGUCUUGCGCUUGACCUUGACUGGAGAUAUGUAGGUGCCUUUGGUGAGGACAACGCUUCGGCCUCAUCAGCCUCCGCCCAGAAUCCUUCCACCGUCCCACUGCCUGACUAUCGCUUUUCGUGGCCUGACGAUCUCGACUCUCUGGCAGAUUCAGAAGUCCCCCUCUCUCGCUCGGGCUCUGAUGACUGGUCUAUCUACUCUGAUGCAGAAGUAUCUCAUCUGCAUCCUACUGCACCAGUGUCUGCCCUUUCUCAGCCUCCAUUAGCUUGCGCUACAGAGAAUCUUGCCAUCCCUCGUAACGAAACUUCGGCCGAUGAUCUGCCGCCAUACUUGCAGCUCACCCCGGCCAAAAUCGCCUGCUGGCACUCGCAUCUGGAGAUCCUGCGCGCCGUCGCCGCGAGUGGCCAUGAUAGCGGCCCGGCGGUAGUGCUGGAAGACGAUGUCGAUAUCGAGUGGGACAUAGGAAAGAGGCUUAACGAGGUCUGGAGCGCUUUACCUGACGAUUGGGACAUCGUCUUUCUCGGUCAUUGCUGGUCAGAUGAAUCCCAAUAUCUCCCUCUACGAACAAUCAGCACCGUCUCGUAUCACCACAACCGAGGUCCCAAGCUCUUCCCUUACUCCUUUGGAGUACCUUUCCGCACGGAAACGGCAUUGCACCCAUCCGUCGCACCUAAAUGCACCCAUGCCUACGUCGUCUCUCACACCGGCGCACGUCGCAUCUUACUGCACCUUCGCCACCUUCCCUUUGCAUACUCGCGCGCGAUCGACCAAGCACUAGCCUGGCUGAUAAGUAGUGGGAGAUUGAAGUCGUUUAGUGUGGUGCCCAGUCUGGUUGUACAAAGGAAAGUUGGGAAGAGCGAUGUUUGGACAAAGGAUGGCGAUGGUUCGGGAAGUCGGUGGAGAGAUCAUUUAGGUGAUGGGGUAUUGAAAGGGAAGAGCAGUUGGGCUAAGACUGGCCCUUGA